UGUAAUUUUACAAUGACGUUAAAUUUUUUAUCGAUGAAAUCUCUAUUAGUUUGUCUUUCAUGUGUGGUUUUUGUGUUGAGAUGUCGAUUGUGAAUCGGCAAAUUUCAAUUCUUAUUUGAGUUUUUGAAAAGUUUUUACCGAAAAAGCUGUAGUUGCUUGAAAGUACGACGAAAGCGAUUAUUUUUCUUCGUUGAGUUUUUUCUAUGAUGAUCUGACAAUGGCUGCAGCUAUGGAGUUUGAUCGAGCACAAUCUUUAAGCCUGAGCGAUCAGGCAUCAGCAAUAAAUGCUUACAAAGACAUUCUAAAUCGUGAUGUGAAAAGCACAGAUGAAGAAGGUUUAAAAUUAAAGGAACAAAGUAUUUUACAACUUGGAACUUUGCUACAACAACAAGGUCAUGCUGAAGAACUUGGUUCUCUCGUUAAAGGUGUCCGUCCUUUUCUUAAAUCCAUCAGUAAAGCAAAAGCUGCAAAGUUGGUACGAACUUUGGUUGACCUUUUCCUUGAUAUGGAAGCCAGUACAGGGCUUGAAGUUCAGCUUUGCCUUGAAUGUAUUGAAUGGGCAAAGGAGGAGAAACGUACUUUCUUAAGGCAAGCACUGGAAGCGCGUCUUGUUGCUUUAUAUUUUGACACUGGUCGCUUCCAAGAUGCCCUCAAGUCCGGUUCACUUCUGUUACGAGAACUGAAGAAGUUAGAUGACAAGCAGCUGUUGGUAGAAGUGCAAGUAACAGAGUCCCGUACCUACCACGCACUGGGUAACCUUCAGAAGGCAAAAGCAGCACUUACCUCUGCGCGGACCACAGCAAACUCCAUGUAUUGCCCUCCGAAAAUGCAAGCUGCACUCGAUCGACAAUCAGGAAUUCUUAACGCUGCAGAGGAGAAGGAUUGGAAGACAGCUUACUCAUAUUUCUAUGAGGCGUUUGAAGGAUAUGAUUCCAUUGAAAGCAAGAAAGCGGUUUCAUCAUUGAAGUACAUGCUGUUGUGUAAGAUCAUGCUUAAUCAAUCAGAUGAUGUGCAGUCCUUACUUAGUGGUAAACUUGCGCUUAAAUACGCUGGGAGAGAUAUUGAUGCAAUGCGAAGUGUGGCAAAAGCAAGUCACAAUAGAUCCAUUUCGGAAUUAAAAGAGGUUUUAAUGAAAUUCGAAGAAGAAUUAAAAGCGGAUGUGAUAAUUGGAGCACAUUUUGACAAACUCUAUGAUAAUCUCCUGGAACAAAAUCUUCUGCGUGUCAUUGAACCUUUUGCUAAAGUUCAAGUAUCUCAUAUUGCUCGAUUGAUAGACCUUCCUUUGGCAACUGUAGAAAAGAAGUUGUCCCAAAUGAUUCUUGACAAGAAAUUCCAUGGUAUCUUAUCCCAGGGUGAAGGGGUUUUAAUUUUAUUUGACGAAUCCACCGCUGACAAAACCUAUGAAACGGCUCUUGAAGUGAUCAGCAGCAUGUCCUUGGUUGUGGACUCACUUUACCAAAAGGCCAAACGAUUGACAUAAAAAGCACCCAAAUUCAGCAAAACUUUUCAUUUAUCAUUGUUUCUAGCUUGAGGUUACUACUAUAUAUAGAAGCUGCAAGAUUUCUGUGUUCUUAUGUAUUUGGUUCAUAUAAAAUUCAAGGUCAUGCUGUUCUUUAAAGGGAAAAGGGAUGUACUGUUAAAAUUCAUUUUAUGUUUUGAAAUCGCCUCGAUUUGACUGAAAGUAGCCACCUGUACAAAGUCACCGUACCCAGCGGCUGGGUUUGUUGCGUACUGCUGCUGGUGUGAAGGUCUUUUUGAAUAAACAGCUAAUGGGACGCCUAAGCUUUGUAUAUUCGCUUCUAUAGAUGGUGUGUGUUUGUGUGGCGUAUCACGGAAACAGCAGACCGCAUUUGCUCACCGUCCACAUUUGUCGGAAUGUUUAAAAAUAAAAUUUUUGUUUAAU